AAGCGAAUUACGAAAAUGCCAACGACAUCUCGAAUAGGAAGGAAGAAUCUUAAAAAGGCAACGCAGGAGCAGACCCUGACGCUCGAGGAAGGUCACAGCAUCGCCCAGGUCGUGUCUCUCAGAGGUUCUAAUCUCAUCGAGGUAAUGGAUGUUAAAGGAGAGAAAUCAUUAGCAUUGUUUCCAGCAAAAUUUCAGAAGAGCAUGUGGAUUAAACGAGGAAGUUUUGUGGUCGUAGAUCAAACGGGAAAGGAGAAGGCUCUUGAGUCUGGUAGCAAAGUUGCAUGUAUUGUCUGUCGAGUUCUAUUCUAUGAGCAAGUUCGUGCUCUUCGAAAGUCUCCGGAAUGGCCAGAAAUCUUCAGAGAAACAAAGUCAAAGGAAGCUGAUGAAAACUCUCAAAGACAGACCACUGAGCAAGAAGAGAAUGGAGAGAUUGAUACGAGUGAUGACGAUGAUGGCUUACCGCCAUUGGAGGCCAACACAAACAGGAUGAAGCCAUUUGGGGUGCAUUUGGAAGCAGAAACAGAUUCAGGGUCCGAGUCAGAUUCGUAGAAACGCAAGUAAAGAUCUCUUAGUGCUCUCUUGAGAUUUUUCAAGCUGUACUAAUUGCAAACGAUUGGUACCCAACACAGCCGCUGAAAAAGCAUUUUAUUUAUCAAAAAGAUUGAUUUUUUA